CAGCUGCUGUCCACAUCUCACAGAAGCAACCGCACGCGGUGUGCAAUGGUGAUCUCAUAAAACUUGCGCCUUGAUCCCUUCACGAUGGCCGGCAGGCGUUUCGUGGACGUCGCGAAAUUGUUCCAGGCCUCCAAAUCGAUUGCUUCGAAGCACAUUACGCUACGGUCGCAGCAGUUCGAGGCCUACCAAAAAACGUCCACAUUAGCCAAGGCUGUCAAAUCCCAAACCGACCGUGUCACCCUUACUGCUGCCGCUGCCGUUUCCCUUUACCAGCGAUCGAAUGAGGCCGCUCCCGCGUACACAAAAGUCGCUCCCGAGCGUUCAGCACCAACAAGCACACAACAUGCGGACAUAACUAGGAAAGAGACUGUAGAAAGGCAUAUAUCAGAGCAUGGCAUAAGAGAAGGAGUCCCCCAGGAUCAUCACUAUGACCGCUCUGGGCAAACGACCGCUGCUCAGCCGCCACCAGAGGAAGAGCUGCACAUUCGACAAGCAAAGGCACCGUGUCGACCACUGCCGGAUGGCACCAUACCAUCCGCAGGGGAAACCUUAGGUCAAGAGAAGGGACGUGAUACUUUCUCCGAGCGACUCGUAACGGAGGCUCCCAAGGACCCCUUGGCCAACGAGCAGACAUACGACAGAGGCGUCUUCUAUACAAGAUCGGUGGGGGCACAAUCCAAGUCGUCUGCGCAACCACGAUCUCAAAUACCCAGUAAGACUGUAGACAAUCAGGGAAGUGACAGGCACGUCGAGGAGGCGGGUCUCAACCAGGAUGUGUUUUAUGCCACCCCCAAGCCAGGGCAGCAGCGGCAGGAACAGAACCAGGCCGCACGUCCUCUGGAAGAAGACAUACCAGAAGGUAUCAACACAGAUGUAUUCCACUCGAAACGAGUCGCUCGAAUGCUCGGGCAGGAUCGCUAUUCGCGCAAAGAACACCUGAGGUCAACAGUCUCGAGAGGCACAGGGAAACAUCCUCUCGAUGAUCGUCCCAUAGCUCAGACCGGUCAAGUCGAAAAGCCCCAACCAAGCCCGUCAGCUCCAUCGCCGAUACCCGUCCGGACAACUGAGACAGCCCAGCCUUUUGCAAGCGAACAGGAGAUGCAAGAUCUUGCUUCAAAAUUGGCCAAGGACGCCGAAACACAGGCUGCGGCUGCUGCUGAGGUACCUACUGAACUCGGCGCAGAGCCUGAGAAAUCAGCUUAUGUGCUUCGUGAGUCGAGGGUCCCAUCUUCGCGGUUCGGUCGACUUUGGCAGUACGCCGGACUCGGCACCAGCAUGGCCCUAGGCGCUGUUAGCGAAAGCCUUCGUCGAGUCACAGGUACAGCUGCUGCGACAGGAGGGUCGCUGAUGCUCAGCCCUGGCAAUCUCGAGAUCCUUGUCGCAAAGUUGUCUCGUAUGCGAGGUGCUGCACUUAAGCUAGGACAGAUGAUCAGUUUCCAAGACAGCAAGAUGCUGCCGCCCCAAAUACAGGAAGUCCUGCAGCGCGUACAAGACAGCGCAGACUACAUGCCUGCGUGGCAGAGGGACAAAGUACUUGCGUCCAAUCUUGGGUCCGAGUGGCGUGAUCUCUUUGAGUCAUUCGAAGACAUUCCAAUGGCAGCCGCAUCUAUUGGGCAGGUGCACAAAGCGGUACUUAAGUCCACCGGUCAAUCUGUUGCCGUCAAGGUCCAAUACCCUGGCGUCGCCAAUUCUAUCGACUCCGACCUGAACAAUCUCUCCAUCCUCCUCACCGCCUCGCGCAUCCUUCCUCGUGGACUCUUCCUCGACAAAACCAUUGCCAAUGCCCGCACAGAGCUUGGCUGGGAGUGUGACUAUACGCGUGAAGCAGAAUGCCAGACCCGCUUCCGCGACCUCGUCGCCGAUGACGCUUCCGUCUUUACUGUCCCUAAGGUCUUCCCUGAAGCCAGCGGACCAACAGUCCUUACUGCCGAGAUGAUGACUGGUGUCGGCGUUGCGAAGCUCAAGAAUCUCACACAAGAGCAACGUGACUGGAUCGGUACGCAGAUCCUCCGUCUCUGUCUGCGCGAAAUUGUAGAAUUCAAAUUCAUGCAGACCGACCCCAACUGGACGAACUUCCUCUUCAACGCCAAGGACAAGAAGGUUGAACUUCUCGAUUUUGGCGCCAGUCGUGAUUAUCCCGACGAAUUUGUCGAGCCUUACAUCAACGUCCUCAUCGCUGCCAGCAAAGAGGACCGUACCGCCAUCCGGGACCUCUCCCUCGAACUUGGCUAUCUGACCGGCGAAGAGAGCACAGCCAUGCUGAACGCACACACAGACUCUGUUCUCACGCUCGCCGAGCCGUUCAAAGCAAGUGGACCAGAUGUGUACGACUUCAGAGAUCAGACAAUUACAGAUCGCGUGCGCGAUUUGAUCCCGGUCAUGGUCAAGGAGCGACUUGCGCCUCCACCAGAGGAAACAUACUCUCUACACCGCAAGCUUUCAGGCGCAUUCUUGCUUUGUGCAAGGUUAGGAAGCAGAGUUCCGUGCCGCGAGCUAUUCGAAAAGGCCAUUGCAACAUAUCACGGAAAAGCGAAGAUGAAGUAAAUUCAUCAUAUCUUGCGCAUUCGUCUGUAGCAUAGCGUUGUACAUCAACACCAGUGUAAAUCUAUUGCGAACUCCAUCUUCUACCGCGCCUCGAACUGCACUAUCCUAUUCAUUCUCACCUUCAUCAACACCAUAUGUCCACACUCCCUGCACCUCACCGACUCCAUCCGCGUCAACGCGACCUUCCCAUUGCAAUCGCAGCAUACGUACAUAAUCCUCCGCCCUGACUCAUUCCGAUUGUAUUCUUGUUGAUAUCUGUAGCUCUCGACGCGCUGCGGGGCUUCAGGCUGUUGGGCUUGUGCAUCUCGCGUCUCUCGCGCGAGGCGGGCGUCUCGGGACUCUUUUUCCAAAGGAUGAGGCGGUGCUGGGGAUGGAGUGAACUUGUUGUAUCGACGAUUGUGGCCGGAGGGCGCUUCGAUGACCGCGAUCUUAU